UUCUAAGCUCUUACCUAAAUUCCUUGUAAAAGCAGAAACAGGUAUAUCUGUCAUAGUCACUUUCCCCUGCUUUAUCAUAUCUGAGUGUGAUAGCAGACUCCAAGGCAGCAGUGGGAAUGGAAAUUGUAAUGAAAGGAAAUAAUAAUGUAAGCAUAAAUAUUAACCAUUUUCUUCAUCUCUCAAAUGCAGAUUAAUGGUGCUGGAAGGCUAGAACAUCCUUCUGGAGCAGUUUACAAAGGGGAAUUCACGUUUCACAGGGCUGCAACCUGCAAAUUUCCAAAUGGAGCAAAGUACCUUGGUCUGUUCAAUGAAAACAAGUAUGUUUGAAAUGGAAGAGUUGUGUAAACUUUUCUAUUAGUUUUGAUUUUAUAAGUUGUAAUGUCCAAAUAAAAUUCACCCCACGUAGGAGUAGGUUUCUUUUGCUACCAGUGAAACUUGCACUGGGUACCUGAGAUUGCUUAUCCCAGUUGUGUCCAUUUCAUGAGAUCAGUCCAAAGUAUGUAUUUCAUUUCCAGUCACGAGUUUUCAAGUUGGCUAUUUCACCCACCCACUUUUUAUUACCAGGUCUCUGGGCUCAGGUAGAGUUCAAAGAAAUAGAACAGUUCAGACCUCUUUGAGAGCUGUUGUUUCAAGCUGUUUGCAUUGUCUGCCUGUCAAAUUUGCUAGAUUUAAGUUUAACUUUUCUUUAAGUACUUCCCCCAGUCCAGUAUCUGAAAUAAAUCUAAAAUAUGUAUUUGUUAAUAUUUGGCCUUUUCUCAAAAAAACCCCCAACAAAGCUCCGUCUUACCCUCCUGACCAAAAAUAAUAGUCACAAUAGUACUAGCAUGAUGACCAAUUCUUUUUUUAAGGUGUCAAACUCUAAAUGAGAUAUGUGUUAUAGAAUGUAACUGGAUACAAAAUAGAAACUUGUAUGGCAAACUCUAAUGUUUGGGGGAAAAAUUUAUUUCAAUACUUUAGAACAUAUUGAGUUAAUUUAUACCUCUAUUAAAAUGGCAUGUUAAAAUCUGCUACAGAGUGUCUGUCUUUUCCUUAUGUAUUAGAUGACAGAUAUGGAUUCUGUGUGAACUUAAAUCUGUGAGUACUCAUCACUUCAGCAGUAGAUCACACAUGGAGCUUCACAGGCAUUUUCUCUCAAAAAUCUUAGGGUGAUACCAGUACUCUCCUGUGAGAGGCCAGCACAGUGCUUGUCACUAGUAGUUGAUCUGUAGAGAAAACCAUCUGGUUCUGAUUUGAACUUCUGAUGUCAAGUAACUAAAAUGCUGACGUAGGCACGCCCUUGGUAACAGAGAUCCAAUCUUUGCCAGCCCCUUCUGUUUUCACCGGGGAAUGAAAACUUCUCCUUUUGACACUGGUUUGUGACUGUUAAUACGUGUCACAAACACGAGUCCCUGACAGCUCAAACUAUUGCAAACUAUUUUGCCAAGUUUCAGGAUUGCUACUUUCCACUUACACAAGAUAGGUGCCAAUUCAC